UUUUAACUUUAACGUUUGAGGAAAAAGCACGCGCGUGCUAAGCGAGAGUGUGCGGGAGGACCCACUCCUAAGGCAAGAAGUGGUGCCUCGCUGACGGUGAACGAGAGAAGUAGAGAAAGUCGUUAUCUAAAUAAAAUUAACGAAAAGCUUCUCCUGUAGUCGGCAAGCAUGUCGGGGGACGAGAUGAUAUUUGAUCCCAGUAUGACCAAGAAGAAAAAGAAAAAGAAGAAGCCUUUCUUGGUGGAAGACGAAGGGGCUGAGACUUUUAAUGAGGAUGCCCCACAGCCUGAAGUCAAGGAGGCAGAGUUUGAUGGUGGUGAUGACCGGGAGGUUGACUUAGAAGAAGACGAAGGGAAGAAGAAAGAGCUAUCUGAUGAUCUGGAUGACUUGAACUUCUUCAAUCAGAAAAAGAAAAAAAAGAAACCGAAGAAGGUAUUCGACAAUGACCUAGAAGAGGAGUUAAAGGAGCUGAAAAUUGAUGGAGAACAGCCAGAAAUGCCAGAGAAGGAUGACCUGGACAUUGUGCUGCAAACAAAAAAGUCAAAGAAAGUUGAAUUUCAAGAGGAGGGUGAGAAACUGGAACAGGAUGAAGCGAUGGAGGAUGAUGAACGGAAAGGCAAUGAUGGUAUUACAUUUGGCACUCCAGCUGGGCCCACCUGGGCAGGGACUGAGAGGGACUAUACAUAUGAUGAGCUCUUGAACCGAGUCUUCAACAUCAUGCGGGAGAAGAAUCCAGACAUGGUAGCUGGAGAAAAGAGGAAGUUUGUUAUGAAGCCACCACAGGUGGUCAGAGUUGGCACCAAGAAGACAUCAUUUGUGAACUUCACUGAUAUUUGUAAACUGCUGCAUCGACAGCCCAAGCAUCUGCUUGCAUUCUUGCUGGCGGAGUUGGGGACAAGUGGAUCCAUCGAUGGAAAUAACCAACUUGUAAUCAAAGGAAGAUUCCAACAAAAACAGAUAGAAAAUGUGCUGCGUAGAUACAUCAAAGAGUAUGUGACCUGCCACACCUGCCGCUCCCCAGAGACCAUUUUGCAGAAAGACACCCGGCUGUAUUUCCUGCAGUGUGAAACCUGUCACUCCCGCUGCUCCGUGGCCAGCAUCAAGACAGGCUUCCAGGCUGUCACGGGCAAGAGGGCGCAGCUGCGUGCCAAGGCCAAUUAGUGCCUCCUUUGCUUUAUAACUGGGAGAAGUUCUGGCUGCCUGAACUCUGAACUGAAGGACGGCGUCUUUGGGGGUGUGGCCCGUCCUUUAAAAAAAAAGUCAUUCAAGUUGGCUGGCUGUGUUUUCCACUAAUGCUGAGUGAUGUCACUCUCCUCGGCUGUUUCUUCUUCUUCCUGUAUUUGUAUCUACUCCAUCCCAUGUUUUUUUUAUUUUUGUGAACCGCUGAUUAAAGCAGUAUCGCAUUUAUUUAAAAAGCUCA